UUAAUAAACAACCAUAAAAUAUGUAGUACGCCUACACGUGCUCUAAUUUUUUUCAAAAUAAUCCCGGGCAAAAAAAUUAAACUGUCAUGAAUCACUUCAAAAUAUUCGCGAUUUUCCAGCUCGUCACUGAAAUCAGUUUCACUUUGAGUUCGGCUUUCAACACUCAAGACUACCAAGAUCAGCUGACCAAGCCUUAUUUUGUCGAUAAGAGUAUGUUCAUAAAAGCUUUUUUUGAUUCGGGAUCAUCUAAAAUUCUACUAUCGAGUCCGAGAGGUUUCGGUAAAACACUGAAUCUGCAAAUGUUCCAACUCUUCGUGGAAAUCGAACUGGACGAAUACGGUGUUCCGAAACAUUCAUCUAACACAACAGCUGGAAAAAUCUUCAAAAACUUGACCAUUUCCCAGUAUCCGGAAAUAGUUAACGAGCACAUGGCAAAGUACCCUGUGCUUUUUCUCGAUCUAGAAGCUAAACCGGUUCUGGAAUCUUACACCAGGGAGGACAUAAUUCGACACGUGAAUAACAAAUUAUACGAUACGUUCGUCAAACAUUCUUGGAUGUUGCAGAUCCCCGAAGAUGUGCUCGUCAAUCAUUAUAGAAUCGACAAGAAUAAGAUCAAGUUUAUGAAACAAUUGGACGAAAGAAAUCUGGAAAAUGAAAACGAGAAGGAUUAUAACGUGUUGCAUAAAAUGUUACACUAUUUGGCGGUUAUUUUACGAUCUUAUUAUCGCAACGGGGUCAUUAUCUUGGUCGAUAAUUACGACAGUAUGGUCAGCAAUUCCUAUAAACCUUCUGGACAAGGCGUAAGUAGGUAUUACGACCACGUCAAUGGCCUUUUACAACGCGCUUUUGAAGAUGCCGAUGAAAGUGUCGUAGUUGGAGGAUUAGUGAUGGGUAUCAGUGGACUGGUUUUGGCGAAUCUUCCUACGUUCCUUUCCAGAACGAAGUUUCAUCCUUUUAUGGGCGAAGAGAGCAAAUUCACCGAGUUCUUCGGGUUCCAGGAAAGCGAACUGGUCCAAUUACUAGACCGAUACAAAUGUCCGGAAAAACUAGACGAAAUAAGAUCCUAUUUCAAUGGUUACAAAACCGUGUACCAAGAUCUUGCCAUAUUUAAUCCUUCCUCAGUGAUUCAAUACCUUGGUAACUUGAGCAACGACCCUUUGAGGAUAUAUUGGAGGAUAUCAACGGUCGAUAAUUUCCUUCUGAGCUUCAUGAACGAUACGUUAAUUCGUACUGUUAUCAGAAACGUAAUCAAUAACGCUUCAACCGGGUACCAUAUGGCCGAAGCUUACACGGCGGAUAAUUUCAAUUUAUUUUUCAGCAUAUGCGAAAACUACGCAUACAAUUCGACCGACCAAGGCUUAUUACUAUGGUUUUUUUACGAUCACGGAUACCUAAGUCAUCGUGUAGUCGAAACUGACUCACCGGGGCAGUUUCUAGACGCCAUGGGUGCCCCUAAUUUCGAAACUCGCCGAGCUUUGGAGCAGUUAAUGACGUACUCUGGUCCACACAUCGUAGCCUACGAUAGCCUAUAGCUGCGUUAUGAGAAACGGACACGAAUAUAGGAGUCAACUUUCACCCCUGUCGUACUCGUAUUUUAAAAUCAACUCAGGAGACGACAUCGAGACGCCAACAUUUCCCAUUUCUUUCCUAUGGGAAUCAGAUUAACACAGGGAAAAAAGAACGAAUCGGCACGCUUCGCUACACGCAUACUUGCGAUUACUUCGAAAUGCAUUUUCAAGCCGGCCGUUGCUUAUUUUAUCGAUUAAUCCGUGCGACAAAACAAACCGAAAAAAAAAAACGCUAUAACGAACUAACGACGAUAUAAUAAUAUUGCAACUGCACGAUUACUUUGAACUUUACGUACGUAUGCCUUGAUUAAACAACCUUUGUGAGCAAUUUUUGGGUAUAAUAAGCUGCGAGCGACGAAGAAAGGUAAAGAAAAUUCACUGUGUCAAGAUUACACCUCCUCCGGCGCUUCGGUAUCUUCGUCAAGGUCUACUAUACUAAAGGUAAUUAAGCAUUUUAGCCACCAUGUUUCCAAUGUUCUUGCCAAUGCGGUAAUCCUUUGGUUUACGUACGUGCUACGUUACGAUUACACGUAGGUAUAAAAUCUGCGAAGCUAGAUACUAGAUAUACACUACACCUACGUCUACCUAAUCGUCUAUAUUGUCUAUAAAACCAGCGCCAUGGUUGUUCGAGUUAUGCGACAGAAGGCCUCCUAUUCGUAUAUAAAUUCUAACGACCGUCACAAAAUCUCAGUUUAUGUCCCAAAAACCGCGUAAAAAAAAUUGUUGUUCGACGAAGCGUCGAAAACGAGAUGUUUUUGGAUGGAGAAAGGGAGAGAGAGAGAGGGGAAGAGGAAAAAAGGACAGAUGUCAGAGGAAAGGGUUGAGACAAACUAGGGGGGAUUUAUGAUUGGAUUUUAAUAGUGGUAAGUCGUAGUAAUCGUCAAAGGCUUAGUAGGUAAUAAAGUUCAGUCAAUAUUUUGCUUCAACUCGCUGGCUGAAUCGUGAUGUCAAAAAUGGAAAAGGGUGGUGCUAUUUCCGAGUCACUUAUUUGUAACGCUAUCACGUACUGUGUGUUCUGUUCAAGGUUCAAAAUAUUUUUCCUGGCGAUGCGCAGCCCUAACUGAACAAACGUGUGAAGGUUUGCCGAUUCUCAGAGUUGAAGGGGCAAGACAUUCCUUCAACAUGUUUUUACUAGUGAUGGGAUAUUAUCGAUAUUUCGGGAUAUCGAUAUCGUCAAAAUAUCGGAGGUCUGAUAUCGAUAAUAUCGAUAUAUAUCGGAUGUUUUUGAUGUUCAUAAAAAGACCAUAAAACAGCUGAUUUUUGAUGAAAAGAGAAACUGAAUCAUCUCUAAGCUGUUUCUAUUCCUUAUUUUUUUGCUUUUUCAGUAUCUAGCUGCCUAUUUGGCGCUUUUUAAAAUAAUGAUGACAUCGAUGACGUAAUUGUCAACAUUUCAUCAUUCUACAGAUAUGGCCCAUGGCUACCAUUAAUAGCUGUGAUAAUCACUAUUUUACUCUAAAAGAGUCUGAAAAUGCUCAAAAAGAGCAAAAAAAUACCUCGCACAAUUUAUUUGCGGGAUUUUUGCAUAAUUUUUAAAAAUUUUCCGAUAAUCGAUUAUCGGCUUCAAAAUAUCGAUAUAUAUCGACGGCGGCAAAUAUCGAUAUAUAUCGAUAAAUAUCGAUAAUAUCCCACCACUAGUUUUUACUUAAUUAUGAACUAUGAUGAAUGACUAAAAUCUGUUCAACUUGUCUUCGUAGGAAAAAUAUUUGUCUACGAAGAUUCUCAUCAAAUUCUCAAAUACUGAAUAGAAUUGAAAUUUUCAGUUUCAACUGCAUAUUCAACUUUUCUUGACAAUUCGUUGGUCAAUCGGGGGGAGGGGAAAUUUUUUCACAUGUUCGUCUACACAUUGGUGAAAUAUUUCAAAAAUGCUAAAAUGGGUAUUCAUUUUUUAGGUUCCUGCUUUUGUUUAAAACGGCGGCGAAAUUUUUUCAAUGUUUAUCACUCUAAAAUUAUAGCACAAAAAAUGGUAUUUCUCGUCAAUUCGUUGACAAAUUAGGGGGAGGGGUAUUUUAUUCACAUGUUCGUGUACACAUUGGUAAAAUAUUUUUUGCAAUAAGUGCAAAACUUGUAAUUUUUUUUCUCGAAAACGAAAAAAGUGCCAGUCCAAAUUUUUGAUACUUAAUGUUAUUCUA